GCCCGCCCGGCCAGUCGCCCUGUUCUGCCGCGAUGCCCAACGAGGCUUCCUCCGAGCAGCUGCCGGGUGGCAAGCUGGCCGCCUUCGGGAAGUCCUCCGGCGCGGGAGCGGCGGCCGGCGCGGCGGCGGCGGCGGGCAAGAAGUCGCCGCGGCUGCCCAAGUGCGCGCGCUGCAGGAACCACGGCUACUCCUCGCCGCUGAAGGGCCACAAGCGCUUCUGCCGGUGGCGGGACUGCCAGUGCAAAAAGUGCAGCUUGAUCGCCGAGAGGCAGCGCGUCAUGGCAGCCCAGGUGGCACUGAGAAGGCAGCAAGCCCAAGAGGAAGAACUGGGCAUCAGCCACCCCAUCCCUUUGCCAAGUGCCACAGAAAUGUAUGUGAAGAAAGAGAGCAAUGCAAAUGGAUCCUGCUUAUUGAUGGAGAGCGGCAGCCCCACACAGUCCACAACAACCAUGGCAGCCACAGGGUCGGCCUCAGUGACAGAGGGACGGAUGCUCAUUCAGGACAUUCCUUCCCUGAGCAGCAGAGGGCACCUGGAGAGCACAUCUGACUUAGUUGUGGACUCCACCUACUACAGCAGUUUUUACCAGCCGCCUCUGUAUCCUUACUACAACAACUUCUACAACUAUCCCCAGUACCAGAUGGCUGUGGCCAGUGAAACCACCUCUGGAGACAUGGGGAGCACUUUGGUAGGAUCCCCUGCUAAAAACAGCCUCCGAAGUCUCCCAGCAACCUACAUGUCAAGCCAGACAGGAAACCAGUGGCAGGUGAAAAGCCCAGAGAACCGCCAUGGUAUGAGUUCCCAGUAUAGGAUGCAUUCUUAUUAUUCCCCCACAUCUUAUUUGGGACAGAGUGUUGGGACCCCUGCUUGCGUCUCCCAGAUUUUAACUUUUGAGGAGAGUCCUUCUUUCCCUGAAACAAAAGCAAAUGUAUUUUCACCUCCCAGUAGUCAGGAUUCUGGCUUGGUUUCCCUUUCCAGCAGCUCUCCCAUCAGCAACGAGAGCACCAAAGCAGUCUUGGAGUGUGAGUCGACCUCUGAUUCUGGCACCUUCACUGUUAACGCAGUCCUGGAAGAUGGCGAAUAAGCCAUGCUAAGCCAACCCUGGCUCCUCGGGAAAAGUGCCUUCUUGUUUGCUUGUGGUUGUCUGUUUUAUAAUGAUUGAUGCCAAAGUAACUGUUGAAAAAGAAAUGUUUGAUUUAUCCUGUUUCUGCUUUCUGUGUGUGCUGAACUUUGAGGGACCAUUCCCUCAGUCGUUGAGGGACCAGAGCCAUGAAGAUCUCUGUGGUCCUUUCAAUACUGUCCAUUAGAGGGACACACAAAUUACUGAGUAUAAUUGUAGUAUAAAAACAUGGCAUUUUGCCAAUAACACAUAAUCACAGUUAGAUGAACUGCUAUGAUACUUAAAUUUGUGUAUAUACGAUUUCUACUGUGCAAAUUUGUUAAUUCCUUAAAAAUGUUCAGAAGCCUGAUGCAGAGUAAAUAUUUUCACUUAAAACUUUUACAGUGCGAUCCUAACUAGAGUUACUCCAGUCUAAGCCCAUUGAAGUCACUGGGCUUAGACUGGGUUAACUCUGUUUAGGAGCGCACUGUUAAGAGGCUAUAGAAGAGCAAAGGAUGAUAGGAAGGUGUAAGGCUGCAGGUUUUACAAACCCCUACAGUGAAAAUAACUUUUUAAAGAAGAAAAAAAACCUCUUUUAUCUUUAUGGUUGUUUGUUUCUACGGAAGAUGUUCGUCUCUGAACAGGCAUGUUUUCUCCCUGUGGCAUAAAAUUAAUAUAAUUUUGCAUUUUUAUGAGUUAACCUAUUGGCAUUAGGCUACAAUCUUAGCUUCAUAUGGACAGUAUCUUUUAAAAAGUUAUUAUGGAUUUUCAGCAUUGUAUUAAAAAUUGCUUAGCAUGUACUUUCCUUGGGUUACAGAAGCCAACCUGAAAUGAAACUAGUCUUUUAAAAAAGUAUUCAUUGUUCUCUGUAGUUGCAGCAGUACCUGAAAUAAAAAUGUUAUUGAUGACCAAA